UUAGGUUAUGUUAUGAUUUUCUCUUAACAACAAAAAAUAAUUAAUUUAUCUCAAUGUCUUCUGACACAGCGAAGCCUUGGCAGAGGCCUUGGAGUACGGAGGAAAUAACCAAAAACGCACCUAACUGGAGUUUAGCCGGAGAUGCGGGUUUAUUAAAGCACCUGGAAUCAUUUUCCGAGAAACUACUAUUGAAAGCCGAAGAAACGAACAAUAAUUUAAAUAAACUCUUGUCGGGCCUCGACAACGCGAGUCUUGCGCUGGACGAGGCGAAGAACGACUUUCGCACCCUGCGCAACACGCAAUUCAUCGAGAGUCGCGUUUACGAAGACGACGAGACCGUACCGCAGGAGGCGAAAACGCAAGACGACGAGGUCCACAAGCAGAGCAAAGAGGAGAAGGUUAGGGAGGUUAGGGAGGCAAUUUUGGGCGGGAUCGCCGUCGUCGAGAGGUACUUCGACAAGGUCGAGGUGCCCGGCAGCGAUUCGGAGGACGAAACCGACUUUACCAGUUUCGUCCUAAAACCGAAAGAUCCGUACGUCGAUCGUCCGUUACCGUUCGUGAUUGGCACGGACGAGUGGUACAAGAAGUGGCACGUCGGGCUGCUCGAUUCGUCAAGCGAGAGUGAAGAUGAGGAGGUCUCCGAGAAGUUUAGCGAUUCUGAUUCCGUCAGCGAAUCGUCUUAUAAUGCGAAUAAGGGGAGUGAAAUGGCGACCCAUGACCGACCAGUUGCAAAUUCCACGUUUAAUGAGAGUGUGAAACCCCCGCUCGAUUUGUUUGGGGAUAGUGACGGUGACAGUACGGAUGUAACCUCAGGUUAUGUAUCGACGGCGCAAAGAAAUUUCGCAAACGAACUGGCGGCGAAAUUGGGAAACUACGUCGAAGAGCCCGAGAUCAACAGAAAGCCGAUUAACGCGGUGGUCAACGUAAAGCCUUACGGUAAUCUGUUCUCCGAUGAACCCCCGCCGAUCGCGGACGACACCCAGAAGGGGCUGUUUUCUGGCGGCGCGGGCCUCUUCGACGAUUUAGCCGGCGGCGGAGACCUGUGGGACGAGGCACCUCCACCAAAUGUCGAAAAGUCGUCAUAUAAAAGUCUGUUUAGUGACGGCAACGAUCUGUUCAGUACUGCGGCGCCGCCCCCCAAAAACGCGACGGGUGAGCUGCACUCUAGAGGGCUAUUCGACGACGACGAUGACGAUCUCUUCAACGAAGCUUCCUCCAAAGCUCACCCAGCGCCAUACUUGCCACCCGCCAAGACCACCUCAAUGCCUUACUUCGCGGAUGAGCCUCCCGAAUUGCAACCCCCACCACCCGCAGAAGCCAAGGUCGGUGCUUCCCAGAAACCGUUCGGAGGCGUAAAACUGAUCGAUCAGUCCGAUUUGGAUCGGCUGAGGCGAGGCCGGCCGAGCUCCUCCGAAAGUUCGGACGAUAUCAAAAGCUCGCCCCCGCCACUGCCGAAGCUCGAGACCCCCAAAAAACCGAAGCAGCUGAGCUUGUUCGACGACGACGAGGAGGACGACGAACGCGCGCUCUUCGAAAAGGAUCUCUUCUCCACCAUAACUUCGUUCGAGGACAGCCUGACGAAAAUAACCGAUGCUCCACGAAGUAAGUCGAAACUCUUUGACGAGGGCGAUGACUUAUUCGCAACGCCCGUCGUUAAUGAGCCGAAGUAUCCGACUCCGGCCGAAAGUGACAGCGGGAACAUUCCUCCUUUGCCCAAUGUGUUUGACAGCAAUCCGUCGGAGUUGGAUUGGGACACGCAAUCUGACAACGUUUUUGAGGACGGAGGCCUAUUCGACAACGUACAAGAAAUCAGUAGCCAAAGGUCGGGGUUGUUUGAUAGUGAACCGCCCUCUCUUUUCUUUGAAUCCAGUGGAAUUGUUAGAGAUAUCAGCACCAGGGUAGGAAAUGACGAAUCGUUUAGUCCACACGCCACGUCCUCCCGCCGAUUCUCCACGGAUAUUUUCAGCGACCAACAGUCGAACGAUAGCUUUUUUGUGACGAAAAAUAAGUCGCAAUUCGAGCCACAUGUCCAAUCGAAUUUGGAGAUCAUCCCGGAGACCUCUUACACUCAGGACGGAGAUGUUAGCGAAUCGAAUCUCGAGAUUACUCCCAGCGGAGAAAUUGAUAGUCUUUAUACGGAAGCGACCGCUUCCGAAGGUGAUCAUGCCCAAAGCAAGGAGGAAGAGCCGGUAGGCGAGUCGGAUUCAAUUUUCGCAAAGCUUUCAGAUUCAUCCGGCAAAAUAAAGCACAACCUCAAAAUCAACGUCGGCGCGCUUCUUCCGGGGGCUUCCCCUCUGAAAAAGAAGCCGAAGCCUGCGGACGAAAGCGAUUUCGUUCAGCCCGACAGACUCCAAACCGCCGCCUCCGAAGUGCUGCCCAGUAUAACGAAGGAUCGCGCGCGAAUAUCGAUCAAGCGGAGACCGUCGACGAGAAAAGGGCGGCAAGAAUCGUUACGCAAUUCCGUGCCCGAUUUUAGCAUACUGUCAGACGAUCAGACAUCGAAGGUUGCCGAUGAGCCGUCGAAAAUCGCCGAAGUCGCGCCGAGGAUCGCCGAUACGAAACCGAAAAUCGCCGAUGACAAACCGAAGAUCGCCGAUGACAAACCGAAAAUCGCCGAUGAUAAACCGAAGAUCGCCGAUGACAAACCGAAGAUCGCCGAUGACAAACCGAAGAUCGCCGAUGACAAACCGAAAAUCGCCGAUGAUAAACCGAAGAUCGCCGAUGACAAACCGAAGAUCGCCGAUGACAAACCGAAGAUCGCCGACUCGGUCCCGCAGUCGGAGUUCAUCGAUAUCUUCGAAGAGAACGCGCGAAAAACAUUCGACGACGAUUUUGAAGACUCGCCCGAAAAGACUGAUAGUAAUAUAAGCGUCGUAAGAAAAGUUACGAGCGUCGUCGAGGCGAGCGACGAACCAAAGCAGCCUCACGUCAGCUCCAAUAAUUUCGAAUCGGAGGAGCACAAACAGCUCGGCCUUUUUGACGACGACGACGACGAGCUCGACGAUAUUUUCAGUUCGAACAAGUUGCCUCCCAAGUCGAAUAUUUUGAAAGAGUCUCUGUUCGAUGAUGAUGACUUGGGCGACGACGACGAUAUAUUCGGAUUAUCGUUUAAAAAAACUGCCAAAAGUAAAGGCGACGUCAAAUCAUCGUCGGACAGGAGGGUGGCGAAAACGGCGCAAGUGAAGAAAUUGGAAAACUCGAAAGUGGUCGACGAUCCCCUGAGCUCAUUUCUCGACUUUUAAAUCGCGCGCAUUUUACAAGUUGCGCGUGCAUGAUUUCUAUAAUCGAAGAAUCUUUUUUUUUGUAUAUUGUGUAAGAUAAUAAAUAUUUUGUUAAUCAUUUGUUUAGCAUUCACUGGAUUUGCGACUCUGUCAAGGACGGGCGAAGGGAGACAUUUAGAGGCAGAUGAGAGCUCUGGCCAAUUUUCAGAAGAAUUUUUAGUACUUUAAGGCCCUUUCUAGGCCCUUCUGGUGAUUUUUAGCCUCGCCUCGAACUGAAAAGAGCGUAGAAGGAUCUCGCCAGUUCUGGAAAUAGUCCAAACAGUGCCUAAAGUAAAGGUAAUCAUGAUUUUUUCUUAAAAUUCUCGCCUUUUUUAGGCUUUUUUUGAAAUUCUGUAGAAAUUUGUCUAUGUAGUGGUCUGGAAAUUCAUUUCGGAUCCUUCUGAUGGUCUCAAAAAUUCUAUCG